AUGCAGACCACACAGUCCCCACAACAACCACUAGCAGUGGUGGGAAUGGCUUGUCGCCUUCCCGGCAAUAGCAACUCUCCCACCGCUCUCUGGCGUUUCCUUGAACAAGGCGGCAUCGCUAGCACCGAGCCCCCAUCCUCUCGCUUCAAUCUCCACGGCCAUGAGGAUGGCACCAAGCGAAUCCGUACCAUGCGCUCUCCUGGAGGCAUGUUCUUAGAGAACAUCGACCCUGCUGACAUUGACGCUCAGUUCUUUGGUCUCUCACGGGCCGAGGCCACCGCCAUGGAUCCCCAACAACGGCAGUUGCUCGAGGUCGUAUACGAAGGGCUGGAGAAUGCUGGUAUCACAUUAGAAUCUCUCCGGAAUCAGCCCGUGGGCUGCUUCGUGGGCUCGUAUGCGUCCGACUGGGGUGAUAUGCAGGGUAGAGACCCGGAGGACCGCGUCCCCAAUGCCACGGUUGGUGUUGGGCGUGCCAUGCUCAGCAACCGGCUGAGCCAUUUUCUGAAUAUCAAGGGGCCGAGUAUGACCAUUGAUACAGCCUGCUCCGGCAGUUUAGUCAGUCUAGACAUUGCCGCUCGAUACUUGCAGACCGGUGAGAUUGAUACUGCCAUUGUAGCCGGCUGCAAUCUGUACAUGAGUCCCGAGCACUGCAUCGACAUGAGCAAUCUGUCAGGUGCCGCCUCGCCCUCGGGCCGGUGCCAUACCUUCGACGCCAAAGCCGACGGUUACAUCAAGGCUGAAGCAGUCAACAUGGUCAUUCUCAAGCGCUUACCCGAUGCCCUACGCCAGCACGACCCCAUCCGCGCCAUUGUGCGGGGAUCCGCCACGAACAGUGACGGCUGGACCGCCGGCAUCGCUAGUCCCAGCCCCGAGGCGCAGGCCGCCGCGACCAGACAGGCGUACCGGAAUGCAGGCAUCUCUAACCUCAAUGAUACAAGUUAUGUUGAGUGUCAUGGUACGGGCACUCGCGCGGGGGACCCGAUUGAAGUCAACAGUGUAGCAUCUGUCUUUUGUGCCACCCGCACGGCAGAGCGGCCCCUACUCAUCGGCUCAAUCAAAAGUAAUGUCGGUCACUCAGAGCCAGCUGCAGGACUCUCUGGGUUAAUCAAAACGAUAAUGAGCCUGGAGAAAGGCUGUAUCCCCGGCAACCCUACUUUCGAGACACCCAACCCGGCUAUUAACUUCGAGGCCCUCAAAACUCGUGCCUUUCAGCGAACGAUCCAAUGGCCGGAUGUGCCGUUUCGCCGCGCCAGUGUCAACUCCUAUGGAUACGGCGGGUCCAAUGUCCAUGUCAUCCUGGAUGAGGCUAGUACGUCGGUGCCUCCAUCAGAGGCCUCAUUCAAAUCGUCAUACCUGACAGAUGAUGACGAUUUGUUUGCGGAUCAGGAGCAGGAAAGCUUCCACCUGCUGGUAUUUUCGGCCAACGACGAGGCCUCGCUGAAAGCAACGGUACAGCGCCUGCAGAUGCACCUGGUCAGGCCGGAAGUACGAGUCUCGUUACCGGACCUCGCCUACACCUUGUCGGAACGUCGGACUCGUCACUUCCACCGCGCAUAUCUCGUCUCUAAUACCCCCACAGUCGAUCAGCAUGCCCUGAUCUACGGUAAGCUACGGUCCAACGUCCCAAAAGUAGGCUUCAUCUUCACCGGUCAGGGAUCUCAAUGGCCGCAGAUGGGGAAGGCGCUGGUCGACACGUUCCCGUCUUCCCAACGACUGCUGCGGCAAUUGGACGCAGUGCUACAGGCACUUCCCCAUCCUCCCCAGUGGAGCUUGUAUGAAGAGUUGACGUGUCCCCGAUCAUCGGAUCAUGUGCGCCAACCAGAGCUCUCUCAACCACUGGUGACAGCCCUUCAAUUGCUGAUUAUCGAUCUUCUCAAAACCUGGUGCGUUCAACCCGCCAGUGUGGUUGGUCACUCGUCCGGCGAGAUUGCUGCUGCCGUCGCGGCUGGCUUGCUGGAACCUGAAGACGCAAUCCAGAUUGCAUAUUACCGCGGCAAAGCCGCUGUAGAUCUGCGGGAUGACUCGCGACCGAAGCUGGGGAUGAUGGCGGCGGGUCUAAGCGAUACGAGCCCUCUCCUACAGCAGAUUCUCCAGCGUCACUCUGGGGCCGUUGCUCUGGCCUGUAUCAACUCUCCGCAAAGCGUGACUCUAUCGGGCCACGUUUCAGCUCUUGAGACCGUGUGCCACCAGCUCCAUGAGCACGGCCAUUUUGCGCGUCUGCUGCAGGUGGACCUUCCGUACCAUUCUCCCUUUAUGGCUGACAUUGCAGCCCACUACAAAAGCUUGCUAGAUGCUAGGGGGCCGGAUUCGUCGUCUCCAGCUUCGCCGCGGCGCCGCGGUGCUAAGUUUUUUUCAUCCGUCACAGGGUGCGAGAUGCAGGGUUCCGUGGACAACGCGUAUUGGGAAGCGAAUAUGAGGUUACCAGUGCGCUUCAGCGAGGCAGUAGAAGCUAUGCUGACCGAUGCGGAUCCUGUGGAUUUCCUCAUCGAAGUAGGACCCAGCGGGGCCCUGGCUGGACCCAUCAAGCAGAUACUCAAAGCAUUGCCAUCCAAUAGUGCUGGCAUUGAAUACCACGCUGCCUGCAGACGAAACACUUUCGAGCCAACUGCAUUGUUCGACGUGGCUGGACGGCUUUUCCUGGCUGACGGCCCGAUCAAUAUCAAUCAAGUCAAUGCCACAGCCCGGGCCGAAAGUGCCCGCGACAGCAAACCUGCGGUUCUUGUUGAUCUCCCGAACUAUAUGUGGAACCAUGCAACUAAGUACUGGUGGGAAAGCCAAGCCAGCCGGGAUUGGCGCUUCCGCCGAUACCCAAACCACGAUCUGCUCGGUGGCAAGGUCCUAGGGACUCCAUGGACGGCCCCGGUGUGGAAGAAGCUACUGCGCCUGCCUGAGCUUACUUGGCUGCUAGACCACCGAAUCGGGGGUCAGGUGCUUUUCCCGGCAGCGGGCUACAUCGCCAUGGCGGUCGAGGCAGCCUUCCAGAUGGGUCAAUCGCGAGGGUUCAUCGACCAAAACUUGCAGGUUCAUAACGUGGCGUACCGGCUUCGCAAUGUCACCUUCAUGAAAGCGAUGGUCCUGGAGGAGGGCACCGACCAGCGCAUCAUGCUCACCCUUACCCCGGAAGACGAAAGCGCGGAUUCAUGGCACCAUUUUACUGUAUUAACGCUACAUGAGGACGCUACCACGACCCGUCAUUGCUCUGGUAUGAUCAUGUUAGAGACUCCUUACGAUGAAGAUGCUCCUUGGGAGGCUAUUAAGCCAUUGGAGUACCCCAUGCCCGCACAAGCCUGGUACAAGGCCCUCCGGGAUGUUGGGUACUCCUUUGGCCCUUCGUUCCAGUCACAACUGGAGGUCGAGGCCGUGGCCGGUCAGCGAACCAACCGAGGCUUGGUUUCCUUUUCAGAGCCCCCGUCUUCUUAUCCUCAGUCGCCUUACUCAAUCCACCCCGUGGCGAUCGAUGGCUGCCUUCAGUCUGGAGCUGCCUCGCUGUGGCAGGGCAUCCGCAGCGCCGUGGGCGGUGCUCUGGUGCCUGCCGUGGUAGAUGAUCUUCUCAUCAACGCCCGAGACGUUGCGGCAGUGCCAGUUGCGGUUGCAGCAGCCUCAGCUGCGUUCUCUGGAGUGGGCAGCCCCGAGGAAGCCCACAACUACCAUUCACAUAUACAGGUCUUUGACCCGGCUAGUAAACGGCUACUGCUUAAGGUCACGGGCUUGUGGUACCACAAUCUCGACGCUAGCCCUGAGUCCCCUGAAAGGCAGCAUACCUUCAUGCGUUUGCACUGGAAGCCGCAGAUGUCCACAUUGAGCGACGGGCAGGUGCGUGCGCUGGUUCAGGCUCGUCGUUCGCUGCAAAAGCCCAGGCCACACCACGAUCCAUCAUCGCCAUCACAAAAGCAGUGGACCCUUAUGGAGCUCCUCCUUCACGAGAAGCAUUUCCUACAAGUGGCGGAGUUCAGUACGCUGCCAUUUGAGGAAAGUGUCGGGCGGGAUAUGUUCGACGGCGAUCUGUCCUUCGCAGAGGGAAAUUGCAAAUACCAGUUUAUGCCGAAAAAUCUGGCUUCAAUGCGUGCCUCGCAGGCCUUGCUGUCGGAAACAUACCCUCAGGCUCAGAUGAACAUGCUCGAUGUGACCAAGCCUGAUGUAGAUCUGUCCAUGCUACCUGACAUGCUUGAUUUGGCGAUCCUUCAGCUGGGACCCGUCUCUAGCGCUGACUUGGCGAAUGCGCUGGCUAAUGUCAGGCGGGCCAUGACACCGACAGCAUAUCUGUUGGUUCUAGGAACGUCCCUGGUUGAUAUCACGGAGGAUACGGGCAGCGCGUCAGUCAUCAGCGGUGAGGACAGCGAUUCUGGCAGCUCGGACUGGUCGAUGGUCGGAGGAUCAUCGUCCCAGAUUCUUGACUUUCUGCGUGGCCAAGGCUUCGAGCGAGUGGUUCCCCUUGCACAGGAAAGCUUGUCAGAGGACACGGUAUUUCUCGCUCAGCUUUCAUCGGACAAGACCAUUGUCUCCCCUCCGCUUGCGACGACUUCAGAGGUAACAGUACUUCAUCUCACCCCGGAAGAUAAGCCACUAGUAAAACAGCUGGCCAUCGCCGGGAAAGCGCCGAGCGAGCAACACCUCCCCCUUCCCGCUGCGACUAUCGCGCCCAGCUCAGUCGUUGUGAUCGUGGACGAGGUUUAUUCGGCGACCCUGACUGAGGUGACACCCAUACAAUGGCAGGCAAUCCAGCACCUCACUGCGUCGGGCUGUAAGAUUUUGUGGGUGACAAGCGGCGCCCAACUAGAUGUGACACAUCCAGAUCGCUCCCUGGCCUACGGCAUGUCAAGGGUCAUCCGUGCCGAAGACCCCUGCGUGAACUUCACUCUGCUGGAUGUCGAAUCCGCCGUCAGCACUGGCUCCCUUGAAGCAAUCUGCCGGACCAUUCUCUCCCUUCAGCAGGGCCAUCAGACGCAGGACCACGAAUUCGUCGAGCGCGAUGGGGUGGUGCACGUCAGCAGGGUCUACCCAGACACACAGAUGAACGCAGACGCCGAAAAAGAAGACGCCAUCACCACCACCGCCGCCGCUCUUCCGCCAGCUCAGCAGACCCAGAACCUUCACGAACAUCCCUCGUGUGUGCGACUGGUCUGCCGACAACCGGGCAAGCUCCAAUCGCUCUGCUUCGCCGAAGUCUCCAGCUCCCCCGUCCCUCUCCCAGAUGACUUCAUUGAAGUCGAGAUGCAUGCGGCGGGGCUUAACUUCAAGGAUGUGGCGACUUGCUUGGGGAUCGUGCCUGAGAAUCCUUACCUCUUGGGCCUCGAGGGCGCUGGUGUGGUCUGCCGGCUUGGUAAGGGAGUCACCUCGUUUCGCGUCGGACAGCGAGUCCUCGUCAACCGCCGUGGUAGCUUUGGUAACAAGGUCCAAUGCCCCGUGCAGGGCGCGCACGCCAUCCCAGACAGCAUGAGCUUCGAGGAAGCUGCUUCCUUGCCGGUCGUCUACUUGUCCGUGAUCCGCGGCCUCUUCGACCUGGCCAACCUCCAGCGCGGCCAGUCUGUGCUUAUCCACUCCGCAGCUGGCGGCGUCGGGCAGGCCGCCAUUCAGAUCUGCCAGGCCAUGGGUGCCGACAUCUAUGCCACAGUGGGUAACGACGCAAAACGCGCAGUGCUGACCCAGCAGUAUAACAUCCCACCGGAGCGUAUAUACUCCUCGCGGACGGCGGCCUUUGCGCCGCGCAUUUGGGAGGCAACACGCGGCCGUGGCGUGGACGUCAUCCUGAAUACACUGACCGGCCGACUGCUGGACGAGUCGUGGCGCGUUGUCGCGGCCGGCGGGUGUCUCGUCGAGCUUGGCAAGAAGGAUAUACUUGGCCGGCGGUCGUUAUCAAUGGAGCCCUUCAAUCGCAAUGCCUCCUAUCGCGCGUUGGAUAUGUCGCAUGACAGUGUGACGCCACAGAUCACGGCGCAACUCAUGACCAAGAUGUUUGAGCUGCUUGCUUCUGGCAGUAUCAGGCCCAUCGAGCCCCGCACUGUCUUCCCCUACCGGGACAUCGCCGGGGCCAUCCGGUACAUGCGAGGAGGCGAACAUAUAGGGAAGAUCAUUAUCUCGCGGGAGGCGCCGGACAACGAUCCCAACGUGCCGAUUGUGCCUGCACCCACGCAGCUUCGGUUACGCGACGAUGCCACCUACCUCAUCGUGGGAGGGCUCCGCGGCCUAUGCGGCAGUCUGGCUGUCUACCUCGCCUGCCACGGAGCCAAGCACCUUGCUGUGAUGUCCCGCAGUGGCUUCGAGGAUUCACGGUCACGCAGCGUAAUCCGCGACCUCAUCUCCCUGGGAACUCGCAUCGAACUGGUGCAGGGCGACGUCUCGUGCAUCAAGGAUGUGCGGCGUGCGUUCCGACAAGCCGUGAAACCAGUGAGAGGGAUCAUUCAGGGUGCAAUGGUUUUGAAGGACAAAAUCUACACUUCCAUGACAGUCGACGGCUUCCGCGACGUCCUCCCCUGCAAGGUUUCCGGCACGUGGAAUCUUCACGCGGUCGCCCAGGAGCAGGGCGGCGUUGACCUGGACUUCUUCACUCUCCUUUCCAGCAUUUCCGGGCUGGUGGGCCAGAAGGGCCAGGCCAACUACGCGGCGGCCGGGGCGUUCCAGGACGCUUUCGCCACGUACCGGCGCGAUCGUGGGCUGGCAGCUUGCGCUGUGGAUCUGGGCGUUAUUGAGGACGUCGGCUACAUCAGCGAGCGCCAGGAGAUUGCCACUCGGUUGGACAUCAACAUCUGGACGCCCAUCAAUGAGGCACUCUUGCAUCGGAUUCUGCGGGCGUCGAUUCUGGAUCAGCAUAAUGUGCAAGCGAGGGGAGACCCGACAGCCACGGCUCAGAUCAUCACUGGCAUACCUUUUCCCCAGCCGGAGGGCGCAAUGCUGUUGCGCGAUGCGCGGUUCGGGGCACUAGCGGCGAAAGAAGGGAGUGCCGCGACGGCGGCGGGGAAGCACGGCGGUUUGUCGCAGGAGAUGCAGACGUUGCUCAUGCUGCUGCAGACGUCGACAGCGGAUCGAUCAGAGCAGCUGGCGGCCACAAUCGAGGUGGUCAAUCGGCACUUCAUGCACAGUUUAGGGCUAGCGGAGCCGAUGGAGGCGGCGAAGCCGCUGUCAGUGUACGGACUAGACUCGCUGGCGGCGGUGGACUUUCGGAACUGGCUGCGGCAGGAGUUGAAAGUGGUGGUCAGUACGUUGGAGGUGGUCGGGGCCAAGACACUAAGUGCCUUGUGUGAGAGAAUUUUGAGUCGGUUGCUGGAGAAUGCGGAUGCCACUGUUGGGGAAAGAGGCUGA